AUGGCGCGAGGCAUGACUACUCCACGUGUGGGCUUCGCCACAGAGGUUCAGUCCAUCCGUCAACCAAGGGAUGAUGAAAACUCCGUCAUGAGCUACUUCGCCAAGCACGCUUCUCGUUGCUCUGCAUGCAAUGAUCCAUAUGCUGCCUACAAGCAGGAUCUCCCUUUGUGCAGCAAAGGAAAUGCCUUGGCCAAGGAUGUUGCCAACUACAUCUAUGCCAAGGGCGGCAAGCCCUACUCUGUCAUCGAUCGCAAACGUGGAGAACGCAUUCAAAUCCAGAUCCCAGUCGGCAUGGAAGUCAUCAGCCUGCUUGUCAAGGCCAUCGAUCGCGGAAUGGUCUUCAACAGGAAGCCACUCGUCCACGCCCCAGUGGAAAACGUCGAGGUUGAGAAGCUUGACCGAUCUCCUCGAAAGGAACAUUCCUCUCGAAAGAAGGAAUAUCCGGAAGAGAGACGGUACCGCUCGGGGGACGUUGAGAUUGUCGAGAUUGUUCCUAGUCCCCGAUAUGAGAGCAAGAAAGAAAAGACCUACCACACCGACCGAACGGAGCGCAAGGAGAGACCAAAGUCUGUCAUCUAUCCCGAGCGCAGGGGAUCCUUGUACUACAAGGAUGAGGAGGAGAAGCGACGUCGACGACCGUACGAGCAGGAGCCAAUAGUCAUCGUUGCCGAGCCAAGGGGACAACGAUAUAUUUCCAGGAGGUGA